GUUUCAGUAGGACGCCAUUUUGCUCGAGUGAGGGGGAGAGCGCCAAAGGUUGCAACUAUUAAACAGCCUUACGUAUUUUCAGACACGAUGGCAAGCCCGGGUAAAGACAACUACAGGAUGAAGAGCUAUAAGAACAAAGCACUGAAUCCUCAGGAGAUGCGUCGAAGGAGAGAGGAGGAAGGAAUCCAGCUUCGCAAACAGAAGAGAGAGGAGCAGCUUUUCAAGAGGAGGAAUGUAUGUGUAUCUACAAAUGAUGAAUCAAUGCUGGAAUGUCCAAUCCAGGAUCCAGACAUCAGCUCCACAGUACCUGUUUCAGGUGAUGGGGUCAUAACUCCAGAUAUGAUUCAGAUGAUCUUCUCUGAAGACCCAGACCAGCAGCUAAUUGCUACACAGAAAUUUAGGAAAUUACUCUCCAAAGAGCCAAACCCACCCAUAGACGAGGUGAUUUCCACUGCUGGUGUUGUGAAUCGUUUUGUGGAGUUUCUGCAGAGGAGUGAUAACUGCACGUUGCAGUUUGAGGCAGCCUGGGCACUAACCAACAUUGCUUCAGGUACCUUCUUACACACCAAGGUGGUGAUUGAAACAGGAGCUGUUCCCAUUUUCAUCGAGCUGCUGAACUCUGAGUAUGAGGACGUCCAGGAACAGGCAGUGUGGGCACUUGGGAACAUAGCGGGAGAUAAUGCGGAGUGCAGAGACUAUGUGCUCAACUGUGGCAUCCUGUCAUCUCUACAGCAGCUACUCGCCAAAUCCAACCGUCUCACGACAACCCGCAACGCAGUGUGGGCUCUGUCCAACCUCUGCCGAGGAAAGAACCCACCACCGGAUUUUGCCAAGGUGUCUCCUUGUCUCAGUGUGUUGUCCAGGCUUCUGUUCAGCAGUGAUCCAGAUGUGCUGGCUGAUGCUUGCUGGGCCCUGUCCUAUCUGUCUGAUGGUCCUAAUGAAAAGAUCCAGACGGUCAUCGAUUCUGGGGUGUGCCGCAGACUGGUGGAGCUGCUCAUGCACGGUGACUAUAAGGUUGUUUCUCCUGCUUUACGUGCAGUGGGCAACAUUGUGACAGGAGAUGACAUCCAGACUCAGGUAAUCUUGAACUGUUCAGCACUACCAUGUUUACUCCACCUCCUCAGCAGUCCCAAGGAAUCCAUCAAGAAAGAGGCAUGCUGGACUGUCUCCAACAUCACAGCAGGAAACAGAGCUCAGAUUCAGAAUGUGAUUGAUGCCAACAUCUUCCCAGUACUUAUUGAGAUCCUUCAGAAGGCCGAGUUCCGUACGAGGAAGGAGGCAGCAUGGGCAAUUACUAACGCCACCUCUGGUGGCACUCCUGCACAGAUAAGGUAUCUGGUGUCUCUGAAUGCCAUCAAGCCCAUGUGUGACCUGCUGACAGUGAUGGACUCAAAGAUCGUGCAGGUAUCUCUGAACGGUCUGGAGAACAUUCUAAGGCUCGGCGAACAGGAGGCCAAACAGAACGGAACAGGCAUCAACCCUUACUGUGCUCUUAUUGAGGAGGCUUACGGCCUGGACAAGAUUGAGUUUCUGCAGAGCCAUGAGAACCAGGAGAUCUACCAGAAGGCCUUUGACCUGAUUGAACACUACUUUGGUGUCGAGGAGGAGGAUGCCAACCUGGCUCCACAGGUGGAUCAGAGUCAAGGCCAGUUCGUCUUCCAGCAACAGGAAGGCCCCAUGGAGGGUUUCCAGCUUUAACCCUGCCUCACCUCCACAGCCCCUUCUGCUUCUUGGUCUCUAAAUCUCUGCCAGAGACGUCAGCCUACGAGCCUGCAAACUCUCCUGGGACCUCACUUUCUCUUUGCUGGGCCAGCUCCACCAGCUCCUCCCCAGACCUUCACUUCUACUGUGUCUUCACAUUAACACCUGCUCUGGAGGGACAGAGAGAGAUUUGUGUGUUUUCAUAUGGAAAUGAAAAGUGAGAGCACAUCUGUUUCAGACUGUCAGGGCCUGAAUGGAGGGCUCAGCUUUGCCGGUUUCCAUUCUCCUGAUGCCAUGUGUAAGCCAUGGAAAGCUAAUUCAUGUUUAAGAAAGAAUUCUCCUGUUUUUUCUUGAGUGCUGCAGUAUGAUGUUCGUUUGACUUCCUGUGAUAUUUCAUCAUUCUAAUGAGGUUAAUUUGCAAUUAGAAACUGUUGUCUCCAAAUCAGCAUCCGUAUCCCUUUUUUAAUGUGAAACUACCUCUUCAGUCUUGAGAAAGAAACUGUAAGGAAAGAAGGAAAAGCUAUACAUGAAUAGAUAAAAUGCCAGACUGAUUUCUUCUUUCUUUUACUAUGGCUAGAAUCCAACCUUGUGUCGGGGUUGACCUGUCUGCAGGCAGGUAGUGGAUGUAAAUACAAUGCUAUUGUACGUCCCAGUGUUGCCAUACUUCAAGUCUGAAGCAGCUGCACAUGCUCUCUGGGCUCUUUCUUCUCUCCUGUCAAUUGAGAAGAACUUGAUGUGCACCUGGAGACUCUGGGCCUUUUAUUUAUUUGUCUUUUGAGAGUUUUGGAGGAGCUCUUCUUUCUCUUCUCCACCUUCAGCUCUGACUGAACUGCAUCUUGGAUUAUGUAACUGCCCAACUGGCCCAAGUUAGUUUGAAAUCUGUGAAUGUUGGCUAUUCACUUGUGUUUUGCUGCUUAUUUUAAAUGUUCUUUAUCUCAGAAAGCAGUACAGGGGCAAAAAGGUGCUGUCUAUGUUACAUGAUGCAGUGUGUGCAACAAUAUUGCAAGGUAAAUGAUAUUUUUGUUCUGUUUUGUAGUUUGUCACUCUGAACUAGCAACAUAUGUCUUAAAUUAUUUUUCUGUCUGCAAACAUGUCCUUGAUGUGAUGGGAUUAAUCAACUGACUUGGGGUUUUGUAUAUUAUAUAUACAUGUAAGAAAGUGUAAAGUAUUUAAGUGGCUGUGGGAAAAUGUGAUAUGCAAUUAUGUUUUUGGACUGAUAUGCAGUUGUAGUAAUUCCAGUCCAUCCUUGCUUCUCCUUUAUACACUCUUGAAAGUUUUGUCUGAUACACUUUGAUUUUGAUUUUUUCAUCUUCUGAUUUUGUGGUGAAGUCUUGGAAACAUGGAUGGAAGCAGUGUUUUGUUUUCCUACCUUUGGCUCUACCCCUGAACCGGACAGUUUUUCAAUAUGUGCACAUUUGAGAACAGUGAUUGGUGGAGAACUCGACAUGAAAUCAACCUGUAUUCACGUGAAAUGGAAAAUAUUUUAAUGCAGAAAUUAUGUCAAGCACAUUUAGUCAUGUACAGUUUUCUAAUACUUCUGGUUUGUAUUAUUGAAUAUCAUUUUUAGGUUUUGGUAGUGUUUUUGUUUUCUCCUGUUUAGGAAUUAAUUUGCUGUGUUCUUGUGGCUCUCAGUAGAAAUUGCGUGGUGGAUAGAACUCCAGCAGCCUGUGAACAGCAGUGAAUUACUGUAUGCAGCACGGUCUGUGGUUCCUAACACUGACUGGAUCACAGGUUUGACAGUGAAGCUGGCUCAGGCUGUCUGUAAUCAUGCCUGGCUUUUCUUUGUUGGGAUGCCCACGUACACUGUGCAAGAAGAAUGAAUAAAUUGAUCUAUUGAAUACAAACCAUA